UAAGUCUUCAAUCAACAUGUUUGCAACAACUGCUUUGUUGACUUUUAUUUGCAUUCAAAGUUUUGUGUUCGCUGAAGAAUAUUUGGUACCACAAAACAUUGAUUUGGAUGAAAUACUCAAAAACGAUCGUUUGACAAGAAAUUACAUCGACUGUGUUUUAGGAAAAGGAAAAUGUACACCCGAAGGAGAAGAACUUAAAAGAGAUAUUCCAGAAGCUUUAAAAAAUGAAUGUGCCAAAUGUAACGAAAAACACAAAGAAGGAGUAAGAAAGGUGCUUCAUCACUUAAUCAAAAAUAAACCAAACUGGUGGCAAGAACUUGAAGCUAAAUUUGACCCCAAAGGCGAAUAUAAACAGAAAUAUAACAAUCUUCUUGAAAAAGAAGGUUUGCAAGCUUGAGAACAAAAAUUAAUUUGUAAAUAAAAAGAAGAUACAAUUAAUGUUUUAUUUAUGAUUAUACAAAACUACCUACUGUUAUAACAUCAUGAUAAUGGUCACAUCAAUAUUAAUUAUUGCGAUUGUUAGAAUUAAUUUAACGUGAAGAAGAAAAAAUUUAAUGUGUUUUCUUGUCACGACAGUUUUAAUAAAGUACCAGUAAAAAUUUUUCCAAUUGAAAUCCACAAGUAUAAAUACCA